AUGUUACGCUGGAUAUGGGCCACAUUUUGGGCAUUAUGGUUGGUUGUUUCGAGGCUCCUGUUUCGCACGAUAAUCCCUAGUCAGGCUGCAGCGACUGAUUGGUGGCGUGGGAGGCCAAGUGCGGGUUAUUGGUCCCACUGUGAGACGAGGAUGCUUGGCCCCUUGAUGGGAUUCUGGAGGAAACUCGAAACCCAGCAUGCGAUUCUUGUUGCCCAGACAUGGCAUUUAUCGUUUGAGGCUCGUUUAGCUCAACAAACGAUGGUUGAUCAGUCCUGCGCGUCUGACACUGUGUAG